AGAAAAUUUAGCGUUAACGGCUUCGGAGUUUUUUCUCCUGCUCGUCAUUGCCACCGCCAAGCUUCUGCUUUUUUAUUCUCCUCCUUCCUCCUCAUCGAUUUUAUUUUGUCUUUAUUUUUCUGAGGAGGAUUAGAAAGAUUACUUUGGUCAUUUCGAGGUGGAUCGACUCAAGGAACGAGCAAGUUGAGGGAAGAGGAGGAUCCUAUAUCUAUAUCAUCACUGUGUCGUUUUGAUCUUCCGAAUUUGAAGAGAAUUAGGGUUUUUGUUCGUUGUAGUGAAGAUAAGGGCUUACUGUAACCUGAAAUAUGAACCCUAAUUGAACUCUGUUUCAUAUAAAUUUCUUUUAUUUUUCGGGAAUAGGAGUCUUGAUUCCAGGGAAGAUAAGGGCUUACCCGAAACCUAAAACUAAACCCUAGUUUCUCCAACUCAAAAUAAGGGCUCUCGGGCGUGGAAGCGUAAACUCUGACCUUUCUGUCUCGCAUUCUGUCUCCAGCGUUGCUCUUGAAAUUUCAAAAUGCCGGCCACAGCAGGUAGGGUUCGCAUGCCCGCGAACAAUCGGGUGCACAGUAGUGCAGCCCUCCAAACCCACGGCAUAUGGCAGAGCGCAAUUGGGUAUGACCCUUAUGCUCCAAACAAGGAUGACUCUAACCAGUCGUCGCAGCAAAAAUCGUCGAGCGCUGAACCUGAGAACGCCUAUGCUAGCUUCCAAGGACUCCUUGCUCUUGCCCGCAUCACCGGCACCAAUGCUGAUGAGGCCCGAGGGGCCUGCAAGAAGUGCGGCCGUGUUGGACACCUUACAAUCCAAUGCAGAAACUUUCUCAGUGUUAAAGAAGAUUCCAAGGAUAAAGACCCAACUGCUCUUCAGACCACUGUUGCCUCGGGUUUGGAUAAAUUGAAAACUAAUGGAGGGAAGAUGGAUAAUAAAGCUGUUGUGGACAGUUCUGAAGAAAGCUCUGAAGAGGAGGAUGACAGUGAGAGUUCGGAUUCGGAUGUGGAUCCAGAAAUUGAGAGGAUCAUUUCUGCACGGAAUGGGAAGAAGGGUGGUAAGGUUAGGUCAUCAAGUAAAAAGAAGGAAUCCUCAGACGAAGGCAGGUCUGAUUCUAGAGAAAGGAGGAAGAGAGGUAGAUCAAAGAAGAGGAGCAGCAGGAAGAGGGACAGCUCUGAUUCAGAUGAAGAUGAAGGUCAUAGGAAGAGAAGGAAGGAUAAGAAGAGUAGGAGAAAUGCAUCUUCAGAUGAGGAUGAAGGUCAUCACCGCCAUCAUAGGAAGAGCAGGAAGGAGAAGAGGAGGAGGAGAAGUCAUCGACACUCUUAUGAUUCAUCUGGGUCUGAAGAAUCUGAAUCUGAUGGAGGACGCAAGAGGAAGAAUAGGAGGGCAGCGUCACCAUCUGAUUCUGAUAUCAGCAGCUCAGAUGACUCUCGGGCUGGUAGGGGCUCAAAGCGCUCUGAAAAAAAGAGCAGAAAAUAGCAUCCUCAAGAAGUACAAUGAGCCAGAUGAGAUGAUAAAAGUUGAUAUUUCUCAGACUUGAUGAUUGUUAUAUGAUAAAGGAUUAAUGAUAAAAGUUGAUUUUCUGUUCCUCUUCCUUUCUUGUUCACAGUUGGUUUUUGUAUUAGGUGAUCAAUGCAAUUGUAGUGUGAUCUUUUCUUAUAAUUGCAUAUUAGCAGGUGGAAUGGGCCAUGUUCCUCUUCAAUUUUACUCUUUAUGUGAUUGGCUAUUGCGUCA